GAACAUUAGGCGAAAUUUGAAAACACCCUGUAGCUCGGACCCUUUAGGUGGCGGUGACACACUGUUUUAAGCUAAAGAGCACUCCUCUUUAUUUGCGCGAAUUACAAUGGAGCCGUUAAACGAAGAGGAUAUCAAAAUGUAUUUUUAUGAGAACAGGCUGAAAACUUUCGCGGGGUGGCCCUUUGACGAGGACUGUUCGUGUACCCCGGAGAACAUGGCCAAAGCUGGCUUCAUCCACACUCCUUCAGGGAACAGCCCAGACAUCGCGAUGUGUUUCUUCUGCCUCAAAGAGCUGGAGGGCUGGGAGCCAGAGGAUGACCCAGAGAAGGAGCACACAUCUCAUUCACCAUCCUGCCAAUUCAUGGCCCUGAAGAAGAAAGUAGAGGAGCUGACUGUGGAGGAAUUCUUCAAACUACAGAAGGAGAGGCACAAGUUCAUCAUUAACAAAUCCUGUAACGAGGCCAUCACAAAGUUUGAAGAGGCAGCCAAAUUGAGAAGAGCGGAUAUCAUCAAGACAGCCAUGGGCGAAGAGUGACACGAUAAUAGAUGCAGAUUGAAAGAGAGAAAUGAAUUGCUGGCUGACUGUUUCUUACUGAACUUAUUUCCAUGUUUCCUAUAUAUCUUCACCUUUUAACCUUUUCUGUUGUCAUGCUAUCUGUUUUUAUUCAUUAAACUUGUUAUUUCCUGUUA